AUGGCGGCAGCAACACCAACAAGAACAACGGCAAGGCGUGCUUCGAGUCGCACUGCCGCCGUCGCAGACACUCAGCAAACUGCUCCAUCUACCUCGACAUCAGCUCCAUCAUCACCAGCCAAAUCGUCAUCGAAACGGAAAGCUGCCUCGUCAGCUACAUCGAAUAAUGUAGUCAGUGAAGCAUCACAGGACAACGCCACCACGGCCGAGACCUCAGAAGCCGCUCCUGCCAAGAAGUCGCGCAAGAAAGCCGUCCCAGACUCCGACUCGCCGAGCGCGCCCAAGUCGGACGAUACCACGGCGGAUCCCAGCUUACCCACUAAUACAGAGAUGCCGGCUUCUCUCUCCUACUCUCGUCCCUCAGCAGAAGGAGCGAUUCGCAUCACAUCGUGGAACAUCACCAGUCUCAAGUCGAGUGAGCCAAAGGGCAUGAUGCGCUACCUCGAGGCAGAAGAUGCGGACAUCGUGGUGCUUUCAGAGACCAAAGUCAACGAUGUGCCCAUGCACCCUGCUCUCACCAAGCUCUACAAGCAUCAGUACUGGGGCAUCGGCAAGCAGAAGGGAUAUGCCGGCCUUGCCAUUCUCUCCAAGAUCAAGCCUGUCAAAGCCGUCUACGGGCUGCCCGGCCUCAAGGAUCAGGACACAAAAGGUCGCAUCGUCACGCUCGAGUUCGAGAACAGCUUCCUCGUGGGGACGUAUGCCGUCAAUGCGGGCGAGGGUCUCAAGACCAUGGCGACCAAGCAAGCCUGGAACGCCGCCUUUGCUACCUAUCUUGCCGAGCUCGACGCGCAAAAGCCUGUCAUCUGGUGCGGCGAUAUCAACGUGGUCCAGGACGAACGCGAUUUGGCAGCUGCCUCCAAGAAGUGGAACAAGAGCCCCGGCUAUACAGCCAUAGAGUGCGACGCCCACCGCGAGCUGCUCCAAGGCAAGGCGACGCCUGCGUCAAAGCCGCUCGUCGAUGUAUGGAGGCAGCAGCAUCCGGAUGCCAUCGGCCAUUACACGUUCUACGGAUGGCGCGGCUUCUGCAGGUCAAAGGGCAUCGGCUGGAGACUCGAUUCGUUCAUCCUCUCGGAACGCAUCGCCAGCAAAGCACUCGCCUGCGAAAUCAGGCACGAGUGUUACGGUGCCAGUGAUCACGUUCCGAUCUACUGCGACGUUCAAGGGCCGCUGUAG